GUCCCGCGCGAGACAGGCGCCUGAUUAAAAAUGUAGCGCUUCAAAACGAGGCGGAUUCGGCACCAGCGUCGCUGGCGCACACUGCUGCCAGUGCCGUUGAGAACCUGGAGCGAGGUGGUCCACUGUGUGACGUCACCUUGCGCCCAUUAACCUCAUCUCGAAAUAUGUGAUGUGUUUAAAGUGUUUAAAGUGAAUUAACCUAAUGAAGUUACAAGUAAACAACAAGUAAACAGGUGUCAGAAGUACUGUGAUGGCUACUUCAAAGUGAAAUCCGGCUAAAUUCGUCGAAAUCAAACACCGAACGUAAUAUUGAAAUUAUUCGAUGUUUUAAGAAUAUGUAAAAUUGGUUGAAUUAUAAAUUGACUGUCUUUCCGGAUUUAUGGGAUCAACGACAUCUGAGUAUGGAUAUAUUCAGUUUUGAAGUGCCGGCCAUUGUACUGCCGUGAAAAGCGCCAACGACAAAGGCUGUGACAGACAUCGCAACACACCUAUAUGCACCUAGCUAGUUAAGUAGAAGCCUUAAAAUGAAAGUAGAGGAUACAAGCACAGAAGGGAUCAGAGGAUGGGGCUGUACUCCGACUGGUGAUCCUCCCCCUGAUGCAGUUCCAAGCACGGCAACACCACAGUCUACCUGUCUGCCCGUGUGGAUCACUAGAGGAUGGAAAAGAAACUUGUUGUACGGGAUUAUUGUGUUUCUAAUGGUCCUCGUAUUCUUGAAUAUUGCCUUAACAUUGUGGAUCAUAAGUACUUUAAGGCUGACGGCUAGAGGCAUUGGUCCAAUAACAAUUGUUAAAGACGGCAUACAUGUAGUUGGGCAGGUGUGGGUAGUUGACAAACUAGUUGCUUCCACAAUAUCGUCGCAAGCCGCCCAACCUAUCACUUUACAUUCGCACCGGAAUUUUUCGGUUCUGGUAUCCGAGCCCGGUCAAUUAAACCAAGCUAAACUAGUUAUCAAACGUGACAGUAUAGAGUGCAGCGGACAAUCAUUUGAAAUCCGUGAUGCGAAAGGAGGAGAGGUGUUCUACGCAUCUCGGGAAGAAGUCCGGGUCUCCGCAGACGCCCUGACUUUAGACGGAUCGGGAGGCCUCUCAGUGAAGAGUUCCCUUCAAACACCGGUUGUACGCGCACCGCCUGGCUCGGAUUUGCAAUUGGAAUCAUUGACAAGACGUCUAGAUUUGAGAGCACCACAGUCGAUAUUUCUUGAAAGUAGAGCAGGCGGCAUUGAUAUAACAUCGCAUAGCAACAUAACGCUCAAAUCGGACGUUGGGGCUAUCAAAAUACAUGCUUCAAAUAUUAUGAUCCACAAUCUCAAGAAGGCAUCUGUAACUGAUGUUCCGCAGAAGAGGUCGUGGGCGAACAAAAUUUACCAAUUGUGCGCUUGCGCUUCUGGGAAGUUGUUUUUGGCAUCACCGGAAUCAAUUUGCGCUAUGCAUGAUCAAGAUACUGAACUAUGUCGAUGAUACAGAUAUUAUAUUAAAUCUAUGAAGUAUUUAUUAAUAGAAUUUAUUUAUAAACUAUAAUAUUAUUUUACCGGAACUAAACAUAUCUCUAAUAUAAAAGCUAGUUUUAGAUUCACAAGUUACCUCACAAAUAAUGCAAUUUUGUGUUUACUGUAUUUUGUUUUUCUCAUAAUCUUAACUAUACACAAUAAUAAUUAUUAGUAUUGUAAAUAUAACGCAAGCGGCUAUAUCGUCUCCGCCAGUUUUAAAUAUUUUACAGUAUCAAGCAAAUUAUAUAAAAAAGUUGUUAUUUUUUAUUUUGACAUAAAUUCACUAGAGACUACAACUAUAUUAUUACAAUAAAUGUAGAUUAUAAUAUACACAAAGUCCAAAAUAAUUCUAAAAUAUAAAUAAUUUGGCAUAGCCUUAAAUAUAUUAAGUACAUCGAAUUCAUUCAUAUCGGAUGUCGCACAGAGCACUGUAGUUACACUAUAUUUUAUAAAUGGUAAUUACUUCAAGAGUGUGAUAGAAAAAUUAAAUGAAAAAUAUAAAAAGUGAUGUGAUAUAAUAAAACCUGUAAAAAAAUAUUAAUAAACGGUUUGGG